GCGGCGGCGGGCGCGGGGCGAUGGGGGCGCGGUGGCGGCCCGCGCUCUGACAGCCCCCGGCGCUCCCUCCGCGGCGGGCACAGCGGCUCCCGGCAGCGGCGGCGGCCGCCACCCCCUGCGCGGCGCGGACCAUGUUCGCCAAAGGGAAGGGCUCGGCGGUGCCCUCGGACGGGCAGGCGCGGGAGAAGCUGGCGCUGUACGUCUACGAGUACCUGCUGCACGUCGGCGCCCAGAAGUCUGCGCAGACCUUCCUGUCCGAGAUCCGGUGGGAGAAGAACAUCACGCUGGGCGAGCCCCCCGGCUUCCUGCACUCCUGGUGGUGCGUGUUUUGGGACCUUUACUGCGCAGCUCCCGAAAGGCGAGACACUUGUGAGCAUUCGAGUGAAGCGAAAGCCUUUCAUGACUACAGCGCAGCAGCCGCCCCGAGUCCCGUGCUUGGAAACAUUCCCCCGAACGACGGGAUGCCCGGGGGCCCCAUCCCGCCCGGCUUCUUCCAGGGACCGCCUGGGUCACAGCCCUCGCCACACGCACAGCCUCCACCCCACAAUCCUAACAGCAUGAUGGGACCCCACAGUCAGCCGUUCAUGUCGCCGCGCUACGCCGGAGGUCCCCGGCCCCCCAUCAGGAUGGGCAACCAGCCCCCGGGCGCCGUUCCCGGUACACAGCCAUUGCUGCCCAAUUCGAUGGAUCCCACGCGACAGCAAGGGCACCCUAACAUGGGCGGCCCCAUGCAAAGGAUGAAUCCUCCGCGAGGGAUGGGCCCCAUGGGUCCCGGUCCACAGAACUACGGCAGCGGCAUGAGACCUCCACCCAACUCCCUAGGUCCCGGCAUGCCUGGAAUUAACAUGGGGCCGGGAGCCGGGAGACCAUGGCCGAACCCCAGCAGUGCUAACUCAAUCCCAUACUCUUCUUCAUCGCCUGGUACAUACGUGGGUCCGCCCGGCGGCGGCGGUCCUCCAGGGACACCCAUCAUGCCCAGUCCUGCAGAUUCAACAAAUUCAAGUGACAACAUCUACACAAUGAUUAAUCCAGUACCGCCCGCAGGCAGUCGAUCGAAUUUCCCGAUGGGCCCUGGCUCUGACGGCCCCAUGGGCGGCAUGGGUGGCAUGGAGCCCCAUCACAUGAACGGAUCGUUAGGGUCAGGAGACAUAGAUGGACUUCCAAAAAAUUCUCCAAACAACAUAAGUGGCAUUAGCAAUCCCCCGGGCACUCCAAGAGACGACGGGGAGCUGGGAGGCAACUUUCUCCAUUCCUUCCAAAACGACAAUUAUUCCCCCAGCAUGACGAUGAGUGUGUGAUUUCCCUCCCCCUCCUCCUCUCCAGGAUCAAGAGAGUCAGCUGCCAUUCGGAGGAUCUCAACGACUUAUGCAAGAAGAAGAAGAAGAAGAAGCUAGGUGUAUGGGCAGGGACACGCGUGGCGGGGGACAAAACCCCAGGUUUAGUUUCAUGCAAUAAAAAGGCUGAACUUUUUAUUCCAUAAAACAUGAAGGACAAAACUUAAGAUAUUUCAAGACAUGACAAGACCCUUCUUUGUGCGGAAGGGUUUAUAUAUGUACAUGACACUUCUUUUUGGAAACAAACGGAAGCCUCUAGCACCCAACUCCGAUCUCUUUGCUUUGUUCUUUUAAAUAAAGACAGAAACCGAACCUGUUGUAUGUUUGUGCCGUGCGACACCAGGAAGCUAGUCUAGAUAUGAAAUCUCAUGUUGUCUCUGUUGUAGUCAUUAUUAUUUCUCUCUCUUUUUUUUUUUGUUUUGUUUUUAAUAAUAAACUGGACAGUUUACAAUGGUGGUUUUCGUUCAGAAGGCCUGGUUUUGGUUGUGUUUUGGGGUGGUUUUCCUUCCCCCCCCCCCCCCAAUAUGUUUUUGGUUUGGUUUGGGGGCUUUGGUUUUUGGUUCGUUCUGCAGCACAACGCUUCCUCCUCCAGUUAACAAGAUCUGCUUUGGGGAAGAGACUCCACCACCUCGUUCUUUGUUAACGCAGGUGACCCCUUCUAGGAUCACAUCCUCGAAUGAAUCGUGAUCUUGCUCUCUGUGACUGUGGCAUGCACUGUGUUAGUCUUUCCCCCCCUCUCUGAGUACAAGAAGAAAUCUCUGUCCCUCCCUUCCCCAGAGCCCUUCAGCUGGUUCACUGCAAACAGUUGAUUUCUGUUAUGAUUUUUGUCUUAAAUCCACCAAAAGAAAAGGGUUAAUCUGACCUGGGACUUGGAAACUGUGAUCUCCAGCUAACAUUGGGGGGGGUGGGGGGGUGGUAUUUGCUUUGGGGGUAUUUUGAGGGGGGGGGUAUUCUUUUCUUUAGAGAUGUGCUCUUGUCAAGGUUUCACUUCUCUCUGAUUUGGAACUGGAUGGAGAUAUUUUUUAAGGAAUUCUUGUUGUUAAGAUGUAACCUUGCUAUUCUGUAGGCUCGCUCUGUAUCAAGGAAAUAAAAACUAAUGGCAAGCAUCGGAGGCCCUUCCUUCUGGUGGGAGAGGAAGGGACACGAGCCAAGGCGGCGGGUUGGGAUCUCUGUACAUGACACUUCCCCUGUAGUUUGGUCUUUGUUUCUUUCUCCAGCUCCCGUUUCUGCUCCAUGUAUAUCAUACUCUGUAAAAUACUCUCUCCUCCCUCGGAUUUGCCCUUUGUGCGGAUUAUUGCAAGCAUUGUAUCUUGUUUCCGUGUUUUUUCUUACCUUGUAGUCUGGUUCGAAAAGUUACCCAGAGGGGGAAAAACAAUGAGAAAAAAAAAAAACAAGUAAUAAUUAUUCUACAUUGUAGUUUGUGUACGAUAUUUGUUGAUAAUGUUUUAUUAAAGGGAUGUCUUUUUUCCGCA